AUGGCCGCAACCACCGCCCCCCAGUUCAAAAUCCUCAACAAAAUAGACACCAUCCCCGUCGUGCACGACUCUGUCACCUAUGCCCACGGCUUGAUCAACUCUCACCCCCUCGGUGCCAGCCUCUACCAGACCGCCGUCGGAGUCGCUUCCAAGGGCUACGACGCCGCCACUCCCGUUCUCUCCCGCACCAAACCCCUCCUCGAAUCCGUCGACGGCCUCGCAGUCGCCACAUUCGACCGCGCCGCAUCCACCUUCCCCUACCCCUUCACCACCCCCACCUCCGACCUCCCCGGUGUCCAGAAGCUCACCGACCUGUUCAAGAAGACUGCCGAGGUCAACUCUGCCCUUGGCGCCCGGGUACACGGGACUGUGGCUGGCUCCCAGGAUUUGGCGCAGGGGUUGUUUGAGCAGUUGAGGGGGUUGGCGGAGAGUGGGGCCGCGUUGCCGCAUGCGUUGAGUGAGAGGGCGGUCAAGGUUUCGGGAGAGGUCAGGGAUAUCAUCUUUGCCAAGGAGGGGACGGUGCAGGAUAAGGGUCAGAAGUUUACUGCCUAUGCUAUUGACCAAGCCAAGCCCCUCAUCGAUGAAAUCUACACCCUCCUCCACGCCGCCAAAGUGAAGGCUGGCGAAGAGGGCGACCACCUCGCCGCCGAGGCGCAAAGUGUCGCGGAGGAUGUCAACACCAAGGUUGACGGAGCCAAGGAGGAUGCUAGCAAGAAGGCUGACGAGACCACCAAGAAGGCCGAGGUCGCCAAGGAGGAUGCGAGCAAGAAGGCCAAUGGCGCUGCCAAGGAGGCCAGCAGUAAGACCAACGACAAGGUGCAGAGCGGUGCGCAAAAGACUGCCGAAAAAGCCGACAAGGCCAGCGGUACCGUCCAGAACAAGACUGCUUGA